AAUUUCAUUGUUCGUAUGUUCCACAGUUCUUUUAUGCAUUCUUUUGUUGAUAGGCAUACACAUUGGUUUCAUGACUUUGCUGCUGUGAAUAAUGCAGAGUUAAAUGUUUGUGUGCUGGAGAGGCAAAUAUUUGAUUUCCUUGGAUAUCAGUGGGCACCUAUCCUGGCAAAUUUUGUACAUAUUAUCAUCGUCAUCCUGGGUUUGUUUGGAACUAUUCAAUAUAGACCUCGUUACAUAACAGGGUAUGCUGUCUGGCUAGUCCUCUGGGUGACGUGGAACGUGUUUGUUAUCUGCUUCUAUUUGGAGGCGGGGGAUCUCUCAAAGGAAACAGACCUUAUCCUGACAUUUAAUAUUUCAAUGCACCGAUCUUGGUGGAUGGAGAAUGGACCAGGAUGUAUGGUGACAUCUGUGACACCAGCUCCAGACUGGGCCCCAGAAGACCAUCGAUACAUCACUGUCUCAGGGUGUUUUCUGGAGUACCAAUACAUAGAAGUGGCUCAUAGUUCCCUCCAGAUCAUCCUCGCACUGGCGGGCUUCAUCUACGCCUGUUACGUUGUGAAAUGUAUAACUGAAGAAGAGGACAGCUUUGACUUCAUAGGUGGCUUUGACUCUUAUGGAUAUCAAGGACCUCAGAAGACAUCUCAUUUACAACUACAACCAAUGUACAUGCAAAUUCCCUUGGAUAACAACUGAUAGCAAAUUCUAUAUCUCAGCAUCAAGUGAUAUGCUGAAUUGCAAGAGAAGAUCAAAAUAGAAAGUCAAAAUAACACAGAUGACUUCUGUCUGCAACCCAUGGACUUCUCAAAUGACUUGUACAGUGGCCUCCUGCCUUUUAUGAAAAGCAAGAAGCAAAUGAAUUUAAAUACACAUACAUGUUAUCAGACCAAACAGGAAGUUUCUACAUAGACACGUGUAAAAACACACACGUGCAUACACACACACACACACACACACACACACACACACACACACACACACACACACACACACACACACCGCUGUCACUAUCAUGCACACAUCAACUCCACUGGGCAUCCUCUUUCGGACUGAAACUGAUAAAUAUGCAGGACACGCCCAUCCUGGAUUUCCUUAAAGCAGGCUCCUUUCUCCCAGGCCUUUGAAGGUGGGAAAGGAGACACGUUGGCGCCCUCUGCAGGCUGUUACUUACUCCUCCACAGCCCAGCCUGUUGACUCUGUGAGGUGCCAAGUUAACCCAGGCACACCAGUUUGGAACCCUUUUUCUGCACUCCAUACCAUACAUCUUGAUAGCACCACAGCUACUUAGGGAACAUAACUGAAAAAAAAAAAAAAAAAAACAGACAGAACAUGCUGUGAUGACCUUGUACCAAAUGCGAAAUGGCAGGUUGUUUGCCCUAAAGGCUAUAUCGUACUCACUUGCCUUAACCCACCUAAGUUGUGUGCCCGAGACUCUCAGUGCAGGCGUCCCCCAGUCACUUCCUUUAGGCUAACACACUGCUAUUGAUUCCGAACAAUUUGACUCUGUCUCACGUCAAGGAACAAGACAGAAACUCUCAGCAGCAGCAACGCGUCUGUGUAAGAAAAUGAUGCUUUACCACUGAGCCUCUUCAGUGGCCACAAAGAGACAAGUACCAACGACAACAAACAACUGUCAUCUUCCUGUCUCUUAAACAUGGUCUUCUGAUGUAGUCGGGGGUGAAACAAAGUAAAAUGUAUUAAUCUACUAAACUCAUUAAUCUACUGAAAGCAGAGAUGGCUUGACCGCUUGGUUGUUUUUUCUUGCACUCUAGGUGCUUUUCUAAGUAUCUACAAAUGGCUUUUCCUAACACAGGGAACAGCUGUGGAUUUCUAUGACAGAGGCCAACUGACUAUGUAUUAGCUAUGUUUACUCUUUUAUAUCUAACUCAAAUCCAAGACCCAAUGUAGGUGAACUUUCUUUUCUAACUUCGGCGUACGAGAUUAUUUUUGGGGUGGGUUGGGGGGGGAGCAAUAGUUAACUUAGUGAAAUCUUUGAGAUCUCUUUGUGGUAUUUGGGGGAUCUGUUGUGUGUUAGAGUGUAUUUCAAUCCUCCUGUAUUAUUGUGGCAGAAAAAAAAAAAAAAAACCUGUGCUGUUGACGUAGUUGGCAAUGAGAUGCCUUUGGAGACAAUAGUAGGUCAGUGUGUUUAUGGGAUAUUCUGAACUCCUAGGAAAUUUAGUUCUGUAUUUUCAAGCACUGUUUGGUUUUCAUUAGUGGAAAACAUAACUAGCUCAAGCUUAUCAGUAACACAAAUGAAGUCAUGUUUUUCUUGGAUCCACUUGGACACUAAAAUCAGGUUUUCUUUAACACAUCAUCUUGACGUGCAGUGCAAUUCAGACUGAGAAGUUAGACACUGGCAUGGAGCAACUUUGUUGUUUUUUUUUUUUUUCUUUCGGUACUUACAGUUUUAUUUACUGGGUUAACCCUUUUUUCGUCUUGACCCAUUCAAUUCUCCGUAAGACAAGCCAGUGGCUGUCUUCACAUCGACGUUGGUGAAACAUGCCCACCUACCCAUUUAAAACCGACAAAGGAACUGAAAAUGACCAUUGGAACAUAAACCACAUGCACGAAAAGAUUUCAACACUCACACUUGAGUUUUCCCGGUGGCUUGUUUAUGUUGGCCCCUACCUACAUGCGUGAAAUGAACAGUUGCAAGCAUGUCGGUGAAACCUCAUAUGGUGUUUUUAUAGUGAUAUGCAUGUUUCAUGUUUGAGGAAAACUAUUCACCAAUGUGCUGUCCCUUUAUUCCUAAAAUAUAAAUACUACACAUGCCAGAAGCUAUUCUAAUGUGACUAUUAAAAUGAGGUUUCACGGCACUGCUACUGUGAUGGGAUUCCACCUUGUAGUACAUGUGUUAGGGAGGGAAUAACAUAAGCCGUCAUGUUUCUUUUUAAGUUGCAGCCAACUCUCCACCAAGUCACUAUAUCAUCGCCACCAAAUUUUUCAGAAACAGUUGUUGACUACUAGAGAGUAGUCAAAGGCCGGGCCUUUUUAGGAGCAGUAAGCACAGUCGUGUGGUUGAUUCUAUCUGGGGAAACAUCAAAGUUGUACAGCUGUAUCCUCCUCAAAAUCUGGUGAAGAAUGCUAUUUUUCUAGGCUGAGCUUUUGUUAUAAACCUAAUAUUCUGAAAGCAAGAGUUAACAACCCUGAUCUGUCUUUUUUUUUCCUCUCUCUCCCUCUCUCUCUCUCUCCUGCAUUUGUUAAUUCUGAAUGUAUUUUUAACAGAGUGAUUUUUUUGACUUACUAGUGUAAUUUGCAUUUUAAAAAAUAAAUGGAAAAACAACGAA